CACCUACCACUACCAGAGGCGGCUACUCCACGCAUCUCCACUCCUCUUGCAUCUCCGGCGAGUUCUCUCCGGCGAGCUCCCUCGCCGCCGGCGAUGGAGUUCAUCGACGACGACUGGGACUACCAGCCACGCGCGCGAGUCAUCCACUCCCGCAGCAACGCUAACUCCAACGGUGCCACCACCGCCUCGUCGUCCCAACCGACCCGCUCCCUCCCCCACACCGCCGCCUGCGCCGCCGCGGCCGUGGCGCUCCUCGCCGCGGCGUACUACCUCCUCCCGGACUACCAGGUCCUCGCAUCCGUCGUCGUCUGGGUCGCGUCCUCCCUCCUCCUCGCCCCCUUCGCGCCCUCCUCCGCCACCGGCGGCGACGUCUCCGUCGGCCGCGGGGAUCCCCUCCCCGAGCAGGAGCCCGUCGAGGAACCCGUCUCGGAUCCCGCCCCCACCUCCCGCCGCGGUCGGCGCCAGAGCUCGAGCUCGAACCCGACGCCUCCGCCCCCGAAGCCCUCAGAUCCGAUCGCGCCUCCGCCGCCGCGACACGCGGCGGCUGCGGCUGCGGCUGCGGCGACGGCCGUGUCGGAUGGCGGCGAGGCGGUGGAGGACGCCGGCGAGUGGACCGACCAAGAGAUGGACAUCCUCCGCCGCCAGAUGGUGAAGCACCCGGCGGGUGAGCCGCAGCGGUGGGAGAAGAUUGCCGCGGCGUUCGGCGGCCGCCGCACGCCGGAGAGCGUAAUCCGCGCGGCGAAGUCCGGCGGCGGCGCUGCUGCCGCGGGGGCCUCGUUCGACCAGUUCCUCCGCAAGCGCAAGCCGCUCGACCCGAGGUCCGAGGCGACCGACGCAGGAAGUGGCAAUGCCGGAGGAGGAGGAGGGGAGAGUGGUGAUGGGUCUUGGAGCGCCGGCGAUGACCGGGCAUUGCUCAACGCGCUCAAGGAGUUCCCCAAGGACACGGCGAUGAGGUGGGAGAAGGUGGCGGUGGCGGUGCCCGGGAAGACGAAGGCAGCUUGCAUGAAGAGGGUCACCGAGCUCAAGCGCGAUUUCCGGAGCAGCAAGGCAGCAUCGGAGGCAGCUCCAUAGCUGCAAAUGCUACCUAGUUGCCUGCAAUUCUUCUUUGAGAGUAAGGUUUUAGACAGAGAUUUACCAUGAUGAAACGAGAAACGAAAAGCCAUUUGCUCCGGGGUGAUGCCAAAUGAAGGAGACAACUGAAUUAUAGAACAGAUGGUGUACUUUUAUUGUUUUGAGAAAGGUCAGGAAAAAAAUCCUUGAUACAUGAAGAUACUGGGACACACGAAAACAAACAGAUUGCCAGAUUGUAAAAGAAAUUGUAGCCCCUUGUUUGGUUGUAGUGUCACUCAAGCCUCCAUCCAACAUGUGUUAACAUUACGUGACUGUUUCUGCUCAUCUUUUGAUAGGGCUAAUACGAUACACACUGUUCUCUUCC